UUAAAUCGCGGUGGCAGUCCUUUUUGUUGCCCGACAAGAAGAAAACAACCGCUGCAGCUCGCCAUAGUCUCUCUCUCUCUCUCUCUCUCUCUCGUUUCUCUCCGAGCGCCUCUUUCUAGGGUUUCGGUCCCCCUUUUUCGGCCAUCAACUGAGAAACUCAGUCGUCUCUCGCUCCGACAUCGUUCCGUACGCUAAACCUUUGUCGUCUUAACAUUUUAGGGUUUUGUUUUCAUGAGUGGGCGGAGGCUCGGGGACUACCCGAGUCGUUCUUUGGCGAACCACUGCGCGAAAGCCGAGGAGAGUCGACGUUCGUACUCGGGUCGGGUUUCGGGUUCGGCAAGAGCAAGACCUGAACCGAAUUCCCGGAGAGAGUACGAUAACCGUCGUUAUUAUGAUGGAGAAAGAGAGAGAGACAGGCGGCCGCAGGAACCGGCAGGUCUCGGCGCCGGCUUGCCCCUCUCGGAAUCGACGUCGAUGAAGUUCGAGUGGAACAAUCUGCUAGCCCGGAGACCCGCCGUUUCGACCGCGAAUCCGGGUUGGAACCGACCCGACUUCGGUUUCAGCUCCGGAAGUGGGAAACUUGGGGUUCCGGACCCUGGUGUGGACCCCACAAGGAAGCUUGCGUAUUUUCAUGGCGGAUUCCCGGCUGCGUUGCCAAAACCCCAUGUGGGUAUUCAAAAAGUUGAAGACUUUAGGCUCGGUGACCACAAUGCAUACGUGGGUCCAGAAGAUAAGGCCGUGUUUGGCAACGGACCUGCGCGCUCGAGCAUUUUGGAUCCGGGUUUUCACGGGGUUUCUGAUGAAUUCAACACAAGUCAAAUAACGGGACCACAUCAGUCGGUUGAUGCCGGUUGGGGAUGGCGGAAUCCGAAAUGGGACUACAAUGCCCCUGCAUAUGGUGUUAGAGAAGUUCCGAGGCCUCCGGUUUACAAUGCUUCACUCAGAGCAGGUACUCAGGAGAUUAGCCAGUGGAACCAAUAUCCUAAUUUUAUGGACCAAACACAACCCACUGUUCUGAAUUAUCAAUCUUUGAGCGAACAAUCAAUCUCUGGUUAUGAUGAAGUUUUGGGUUCUAGUCCGCGAACCCGGAGCUUCGGAUUUGGAAGAGAUGAUGGUCUCGAAAGAGGGCGAGAAGCGUUGUCGUAUGAAGGUACAUUGAAGAAAUUGGCUCCGCUUGAGGGUGAUCAAAGUUUGGACGAGCUGACCACCCUGCAAAUGUGUGCAAUGAGGAAACGUGCUCUAGCUAGGAAACUACGUCGGAAUGAAUCAAAUUCUGAAUUGUCCAAUGAUUCGAGUGACGCAUGCGAUGUACCUGACUUGAGUUUUGGGUACGACCAGUGGAGUAAUGAAGAUUUCAAACAUUAUGGAAUCGUUGGUCAGGAUCAAUUGAACAUUGACCAAGCUGUGACCUGUGGUGAGGGUCAAUGGAACGUUGACCAAGAUGUGAAUUUUGGAGUUAAUCGCGUGAACAUUAACCAAAAUUUGAAUUUUGGAGAGGAUCAAUGGUACACCGACCGGGAUUCUAUCUAUGGAGAGGAUCACCGUGGUCCGAACCAUGUUGUGGACCACUGGAAAGCAGAAGAUGUCAACAAACUAAAUUCCGACAAUUUGUUACCAUCUUCUAAACUGCCAGUACCUGUCCAGCAGCGUCAUGGAGAACAAUUCCAAUCUGCCAGGUUGGAUGUAAAGAGGCGUUUGGGACCUUUGAAGUCACCUGGCAGUAUAAAGAAGCGCUUGGGACCGUUAAAGUCCUCUGUUAGUGUAAAAAGGCGUUUGGGACCAUUGCAAUCACCGGGCAGUGUAAAGAAGCAUCUCAGGCCUGCUCAAGAUGUUCCUAAUCUCGAAUUCUCAGAUUACAAACCUCAUGAUCAGUACAAAUCUCAAAUAAGAGAAACCGAUGAUUUUAGUGGAAGCAUUCAUCCUCAAGGGGAUGACAUUCCAAAAGUUAAGGCGAAACCUGCGGAGAUGGAACUUCCUGAAGAUUCUGAGGAGUUCAAGAGACUGGUGGAUAGUGCCUUUUUUAAGCACAUUAAGCGUUUGCAUGAAAACCCAGCUCUAAGAAGACAAUUAACGGGAGGAGGAAGUUUUACUACAAAGUGUUGUGUAUGUGCCAGCAACUCGAAAGAGUUUGCAGGUGUGGUGCCCUUGGCAAUACAUGCCUUCAUGUCACGUAUGGCUGGUUCCAGAGCAGAGCACUUGGGUUUUCAUAAAGCACUUUGUGUGCUAAUGGGAUGGGACAGUGCAUCCGUCUCGAAUGGUACAUGGGUUCAGCGGUUCUUGCCUGAUGCUGAAGCCUUGGCUCUGAAGGAGGACAUGGUUAUCUUUCCUCCGGUUGUUGUCAUUCACAACACUUCCAUAGCAAAUAAAAAUCCGAAUAAAAGGGUGAUUGUAACUAUUGAAGGGCUGGAGGAUAUUCUUAAAGUUGCAACAUUCACGGGAGGUGGAAUGCAUUUCCAAAUAGGUGGUGCUAUCCACACACCCCUUUUACACACCCAUCUCAAUUUUCAGCCGUUGGAUUGAAUAAAUGAAGGACAUAAAUUAACAGAGGAGCGUGUGAGGGGUAAAAAGAAGUGUGGAUAACAGCACCCUUCCAAAUUUAAAAAUUAUAGUUAUGGUUCUAAUUUAGUAACCAACUUGCUGCAUUUCUGCCCUUUUAACAUGCUUUCAGUAGUGGACCUUAUAGUUGAUGGUGUAAUGCUUGUUCGGUUUAUCUUUUUAUGAUGCUUUUUUGGUUGGUCUUUUUGUUCAUUUCUAGUAUUUCGUAUUUUUCAUCUCAACUUAAUCGUAGGUAUAGGUUUUGGUGGGGGGAAGGCUAAGGUGUGCCGUGGGAAGCCUGCAAAUUACAGCAUCUGGUGGUGACAUUUAAUGCCACAUUUUCUGGUUUUCGGGAAGCAGAAAGGCUUCACAAGCUUUUUGCUGAGAACAAACACGGGAGGGCUGAGUUCCAGCAGAUCACCUCAGCUUCCCUCAGCAACAGCAGCAGCGAAGGGAAGCAAAACUCGCUGGAAGACCAAGAAAAUUGUUUAUAUGGCUAUGUGGGACUUGCAGAGGAUUUUGAUAAACUUGAAAGCGAGACCAAGAAGCGGUGUCGGGUGAAGAGCAAGAAGGAAAUCCAGGCUACUGCAAUUACUUAUUUGUGAAAUGAAUAACAGUUCACUGUGUAUAUCUAGGAAUUUCUGUGACCUCUCAACUUAAGCCUUUUGGUUUUUUGGUGCAGUACAAAAUCACAAGUUCAGUUGAUUGAUAUUUUGUUUCUGAGAAUGCAGCUCCAAAUAAUUUCUUAAGUCC